GAGCCGCGCUGGGCCCGGCGGCGGGAUGGCGGUGGCGCAGGGGACGGCGGAGCCGGCGGACGACAGCGAUUCGGAUGUCUUUGAAAUUACUCUUCCUAUCACUGUCUUUGUUCUGAGCGAUGAUGAUUUUCUCCAGGAUGAGGCUGAGGAGCAAGCGGCCUCUGCUCCCCAGCUGAGCGAGGAGGAGGAGGAGGAGGUUGAGAGCUGCGUUUGCCUGGAAAGCUACGUGACGCCUUCGGGUGACAGUAACAGUUCAACCAUUUCGAAAGAAAACAAGAGUGUUUCAAAUAAGGAAAAUAGUGUGGAAUGCUCUGAAGACAACUGCUUUGCUGAGGGUGUGUGUAACAGCUCAAAAUCAUCUUUAAGUGAUGGGGGCGAUGCAGGCACAGGUAAAUAUAGCCCAAAUGAUGUGCUGCCUGCAUCAUCUUGCAUAACAGAGCUUACAGACCAAACUACUGACACGGAAGAGUGUGAUGGUGAUGACGGCUUUCAGAAGAUUCCUCCUCCUCUCCUCUCCUCUGCUGGCAGUGAAGGUAGAGAAGAUCCCAUCAACACAAACAAGCAGUUGACAUCGGCAGUGAUUCCCAGAUGCUGUGAGGAACCCAGGCACGAAAAGGAAUUCAGAAAUGGGGAGGAACUCUUCAGUGUUGCAAGUGUUGUUCCUGGUGGCACUCAAGAGCACCAACCCAAAAUCUGCGAGGAGAUAGAGACAGUUGUUGAAAUGGAAGAUCCGUAUUCUUCAAAGAAUGGAGUCAGUAAAGCUAAUACCAAAAAAAGAAAGAGAAACAAAUUCAGAAAUGAAGCUCCGAGUUCUCUCUUGGAACAUGGCUUGAAAGAAGCAGCAAAAUCAACCUGUAAUAAUUCAGCUAUGUUUCUUAGUGGAUGUUCUCCUUCUUCAGAAGAAUUGCUGCAAGAUGUAGGGAAACCGGAGAUGAAGGCUUCCACUUCUGCUGAAUCAAAUAUUACUGGAGACCAUAUUUAUAAGACAUUAACACCAUUUUCUAAAAAAAGAUGUCGGCAACAAAAAGUUGUUUCUCAGCGCGCAAGCCCAAAAGAAUUCCAAAGCCAGCAAGAGGGUUUAUCAUGGCUAAGUAGCAGUGUGACCAUCAAACCUCUUCCUCAAGCAUCUAGUUCUAUAAAUAAGCAUGAAAGGUUGAAUUUGAAGUGCAGGUAUUGUGGCUCUGCAUACAAAUGCAAUGCGCAUCUAAAGAAACAUGUUUAUUCAGCCCAUAAAGAUAAGAAAAUACAUAAAUGCUGCUUUUGUAAAAGAACUUUUUUCUUUUCUAUCAACCUUAAGAACCACCUUAAAUUUCAUAAGAAAAUCAGUAGGUUGCAGAAGGCAAGAAAAAAUAGGUUUAAUGCAAAAAAAGUUAGGCAGAAGAGGUCUGAAGAAAAAAAAUCUGAGACUAAGAAGAAAGAAAGUAAGUAUGAGAAAUUCUUCAUGAAAAUGGAAAGGGACUUUACACCUUUGAAUGAGCCAGUUAGUUUUUCCUGCAAAACUUGUUUCUUUGCUUCAUCACAUCCUAGGACUUUUAUUCAUCACGUGAAGGGACAUAAAGAGAGACCACCUUACCAGUGUCCUCAGUGUGAUUACUCCUGCUUUAGCUUAUUGUAUUUGUUAAAACACAUGUACUGGCAUGCUGGGUAUAAACUGUACCAGUGCAAGUUUUGCACCUUUUUUUCACUGUAUUUUUCAAGUAUGGUAAGGCACAGCUACAAACACACAGGGGCUAAACCAUAUUCCUGUGAGUUCUGCCAGUCAGCCUUCACAAGCACAACUGGGUUAAAAAACCACAGAAGAUUACAUGCAGGCCAAGAAAUGUACCAAGGGCAUCAAUUUGACUUGGUAGGUGGAAAAAAGAAAAAUCAAAGACCUUUACGCAGUUAUGUAUGUAAUGAGUGCAACAUAGUGUUUUACACUAAAGGACAUCUCAGCUUUCAUAAGAAAUUUCAUGAACAGUGUAAGGCUAGUGGUAAUAGUUGUACAAAUCAGAGCAAUAAAUACCAUAAAAACAAAAUGCACCAAGUUGACAGUGAGUCUCAGGACCAUAUUUCUCUGUCUCCUUCUGGUAAAAAAAGUGUUGGUGUCAGUGGGAGAAUGCUGGCUUCAGAAGUAGACUUUGAGGAGGCAGGUGUCGUGCAGAACAAAGAGAAAAUAUGCUCUGGAAAGAAAUUCCCUGAAAAGAGCCAUGGAAGCAACAACUUAACCAGUACUGGGAAUAGAUCAGAAGUUCCUCUGAAUUCAUCGAAAAUGGACAGAAUGAAUUGCAAAGAGGAACCACUCUUCAACUCCAAGGCCUCUCAUUCACAAGUUCAAGAUGAUGAUGCCUAUCAUAGAUUGGUGGAAAAUUUAAAGGAUACAUGGCCUUUCAGUUUGUCUACCUUCAAAACCUACAAGUGCCAACACUGCAGUUAUGCUACUGCUGUUCAUAGCGACUUUAAGCUGCACCUAAAAAUGCAUCCAGAGGAAAGACCAUUUAUGUGUAAAGAGUGCACUAAGACGUUUAAAACCUUGGAUCAUUUGCAGAAGCACAGCCUUGUUCACAUAAAUAAUGGAUACGAGUUUGGGCAUUGCUUCUAUGUAGACAGCCAUUUAGAGAAUCAGGAAUUGCAUCAUGAAAUGCAUGUAAGUAUAUGUCCAGAGAGAGAUUUUGGUUCCUCAGAAGGUUCAGCCCCGAUCCAUUCCUUGUUUGGUUCGGAAGUCUGUGGAGUACAACCAGAAGUCCAGAGGGGCAAAAUAAGUGAUUUGCUAGCACAGAGUCAGCCACCUUUCUAUCAUUGUGCCGAGUGCGACUAUGCUACUUACAUUUUAAGCAACCUCAAACUACACGUGAGAACUCACACAGGUGAGAAACCUUACAGCUGCAGCAUUUGUCUGAAGAAGUUUCGUACUUCCAGUCACCUGAAAAGACACCGAGUCACACAUUUUAAUAUGGAUUAUCUCAAGUGCAGCAACUGUGACUAUUCAACAAACAAAUGGCUGUCUUUGAAACGGCAUCUGGCUUCACACGCUUGUGAGGAAAGCUCAUCUACUGGCAGUCCUUACCAACAAAUGCAGCUACCAGUCAAAACAUACACGUGUGAAGAGUGUGGCUAUUGCACAGCCCACAAUGGAAACCUGAAGCUCCAUUUGAGGAUUCAUACAGGGGAGAAGCCGUUCAAGUGUGGACAGUGCGCUCACGCCUUCCGCACAUCCAGCCACCUCAAGCGCCACUUACUGACUCAUUUGAAGUUCCACUGCAGAAGGUGUAGAUUUUCCACGGUAGAUAAAUGUGCUUUCCAAAAGCAUGUAAAGACACAUAAAAAAAAGUACAAGUGUGAAAAGUGUAAUGUGACACUGCCUACCAGAAGACUUCUGAAAAAGCAUGAGCAGCAACAUAAGCUUGCGAAUUGCAAACUGGCGCUUGGUUCUGGAGAGGUUUGUGUGCCCUGAGUGUUUAUUCCUUUACAUUCCUCUUCUGUCCCAGAAUGAUGGCUGGUAAUGGAAGCAUCCAGCAUUUUGGUCCAGUGACCAGUGAAACUUGGCAUACUGGUUUCUUCCAGGUUCUUCCAAGAGCUUCACUUCUAGCACAAUCUGUGCUAACUAAGAUCUUGGAGGCCCUUUUUCAUGCCUGAGUAAUGACCGUGAGGUCAGUUAUGAUUUGGCCAGUAUUCAGUUUGAAGAGUUACCUGUGCCACUUAUUUUCUUGUAAAAAAUGAGUUAAAAAAUCUUGUCUGAUGGAAAGAAUGUUUAAAGGGAUGGGAGAAAGUAUAGUAAUUACUUUUCAUUUUAAAAUUGUCUGUUUGUUUGGAGGCUUAACACUACGUCCCAUCUGCUGCAAGUUGCAUUCCCUACUCCCAGGUUCUUCUGCAAUACCUGCAAGAGAAAAAAAAAUAGCAUCUCACAAUGUUACAGAAAGAAAAGAUUCAUGUCAUCACUGGAUAAUUGGGAUAUGAAAAUGUAUUCUGUAUAUAUGUGUAUAUAAUGGGUUUAUUAAGCAGUUACCUUUUCUGUAGUUUUGAUAGUCUUUUGAGUAGUCUGACAGAAAUAGCAUUGUUCUUAAGCAGAGAUUGUAUGAUACUAAGAAUCGUUAAAUCUUCAAUAAUUUUUUGUUUAAUGUUCAUCUAGUAUGAAAUACCUUUUCUCAGGCUGGCAGGUACUGUGCUAUUUGUUUCUUAAAAUGGACAAUAUAAUACUUUUCAAAUAACUUCUCUGUUGAUUUAACCACUUGCUGAUGAAUUCUGAAUACUACUUAGUUACACUGCAAACCCUAGCAGUAUCCUGAACUGUAAAAUUUACUUUGUUAAGGAGUUUUACUGUGCUUCUAAAAUACCACAUAUAUGAACCACUUCUGCCAAACAGCAGUUGUUACCUGAUAUGGUAAAGACAGAUGGAGGCUUCUGCCACUUAAUCUAACAAGUCUUUGCUUGUUUUACAGAGCUAAAUGCUGCUCAAAACUCUGUGCAGACAUCUGUGACUAAUAGGUUCUGUGGUAUUGAUAGCAGUGGUGUUACCCUCUUAUGUGGGGAAAGCUAACGGCAAAGGGCUGGUGCUAACUGUCCCCUCAUGUUACAGUCCAGUCCAGGAAACACCAAAGUAAAGGAAUAGCUUAAUUUGGAGAAUGUAAACAUGAAACUACCACUGCUUUUUUAUUGCUCUGAAAUGUGUGUUUUUCUUUAUAAAUGUAGAUAAUAGCUUGCAGAGGCUUUCUGGUACCAUAAGGCACAGAUUGGAAAGCGUUGCCAAGAGAAGUGGUGGAGUCUCCCUCUUUUGAGAUACUCAAAGGCAUCAGGACAUGGUCCUGGGCAACCAGCUCGGUGUGGCCCUUCUUGAGCAAGGAUGUGGGACCUCCAGAAGUACCCAUAGCCAUUCUGUGAUUUGAAAAGCAGUUUUUCAAGAGUGGGUUGAAAAUCAAGAAUAGAUACAUGUCUUUAAGGCCAGAUCAGCAAAGGUAUUUUUAAGUGAUUUGUUUCUUUAUAGUUACAGUAAAAUCAGACAAGUAACUAUAUGUAACUGAACCCUGGUAAUUACAGGUGUUUUUACUACAAGCUGGGAAGUUACCCUUUAGGAAUGAGUUAAUUAUGUCUUAGAAUAAUUGAGCUAACCACCUGAUAAAAUUGUGAGAAAGAAGACCGUUAUCCUGAUAUGGAUAACAAAAGGCAUUUCUUCUGGGAAACAUUAACACUGUUACACAAGCUUCGAGGAUUUUUUUUACCUGCAUUACUGUUCAAUUCUGUUGAUUUAUUUGGUGAGACAUUCAAAAGAAUAGAUAAAAGGUGGAAACAAAAAUGUUAAAGGUAAUUGAAAGCCUGUAUCAGAUGAGACUAGUAAAUAGUCUAGAGAAUAAUUGUUUAAAAAUAUUUUGCACAAAGAAGGGAGCCUACUUUAAGAGGGUUAAAUUCACUGCAGGAAAUUUCAGGAGUUUGUAAACAGCAUGAAUUUAUUUUUGUUUUUGUUUUUUUUUCUUAUUUUGCUUUUAUUUUUCUUCUUUUAGUUGUUUUAAGUAAGUACAACAAAGACAUUUUCAGAUGGAGCUCAAUGAGUUUGUAGAAGUAAUUAUUCCAGGUGGUUGUCUUUAAUAAAAAUAAAGUGUUUC